GCGCGUGCGCAGUGCGCCCUAGGCUGGAGACUUCAUGUUUGCCGCCUCCGGAAUCUUCUCUAAUUUUCAGUCGCGCGCUUUCUUCAUUCUCUUGCUGCCGGUUUCGUGCACCCCCAACCUCCUCACUCGCGCGCCUUCGGGCAGCGAGGCUGGGGAAAGGGUUUGAGGGGGCUGUUGAUCGCCGCCUUUAAGUUGUGCUAGGGGCGGCCAUGUCGGCCGGUGAGGUCGAGCGCCUAGUAUCGGAGCUGAGCGGCGGGACCGGAGGGGAUGAGGAGGAAGAGUGGCUUUAUGGCGAUGAAAAUGAAGUUGAGAGACCAGAAGAAGAAACUCCCAGUGCAAAUCCUCCAUCUGCAGUUGAAGAGGAAACUGCUGAAAAUGGUGUACCAAAACCGAAAGUGACUGAGACUGAAGAUGAUAGUGACAGUGACAGUGAUGAUGAUGAGGAUGAUGUUCAUGUCACUAUAGGAGACAUUAAAACAGGAGGACCACAGUACGGGAGUUAUGGUGCAGCACCUGUAAAUCUUAACAUCAAGACAGGAGGAAGAGUUUAUGGAACUACAGGAACAAAAGUCAAAGGGGUAGACCUUGAUGCACCUGGAAGCAUUAAUGGAGUUCCACUUCUGGAAGUAGAUUUGGAUUCUUUUGAAGAUAAACCAUGGCGUAAACCAGGUGCUGAUCUUUCUGAUUAUUUUAAUUAUGGGUUUAAUGAAGAUACUUGGAAAGCUUACUGUGAAAAACAAAAGAGGAUACGAAUGGGACUUGAAGUUAUACCUGUUACCUCUACUACAAAUAAAAUUACGGCCGAAGACUGUACUAUGGAAGUUACACCAGGUGCAGAGAUCCAAGAUGGCAGAUUCAAUCUUUUUAAGGUACAGCAGGGAAGAACUGGAAAUUCAGAGAAGGAAACCACACUUCCGUCUACAAAAGCUGAAUUUGCUUCUCCUCCUUCUCUCUUCAAGACUGGACUCCCACCUAGCAGAAACAGCACGUCUUCUCAGUCUCAGACAAGUUCUGCCUCCAGAAAAGCCAAUUCGAGCGUUGGGAAGUGGCAGGAUCGUUAUGGGAGGGCUGAAUCACCUGAUUUAAGGAGAUUACCUGGGGCAAUUGAUGUUAUUGGUCAGACUAUAACUAUCAGCAGAGUAGAAGGAAGAAGACGAGCAAAUGAAAACAGCAACAUACAGGUUCUUUCUGAAAGAUCUGCUACUGAAGUAGACAACAACUUUAGCAAACCACCUCCGUUUUUCCCACCAGGAGCGCCUCCCACCCACCUUCCACCUCCUCCAUUUCUUCCUCCUCCUCCAACAGUCAGCACUGCUCCACCUCUGAUUCCACCACCAGGUAUUCCAAUAACUGUACCACCUCCAGGUUUUCCUCCUCCACCAGGUGCUCCACCUCCAUCUCUUAUACCAACAAUAGAAAGUGGGCAUUCCUCUGGUUAUGAUAGCCGUUCCGCGCGUUCUACAUUUCCAUAUGGCAAUGUUGCCUUUCCACACAUACCUGGUUCUGCUCCUUCAUGGCCGAGUCUUGUGGACACCAGUAAGCAGUGGGACUAUUAUGCCAGACGGGAGAAAGAGCGAGACAGAGACCGGGAUCGAGACCGUGACCGGGAUCGAGACCGUGACCGUGAGCGAGAGCGAACCAGAGAGAGAGAACGUGAGCGAGACCACAGUCCCACACCAAGUGUUUUUAACAGUGAUGAAGAGCGAUACAGAUACAGGGAAUAUACUGAGAGAGGGUAUGAGCGUCAUAGAGCGAGCCGAGAGAAGGAGGAGCGGCACCGAGAACGGAGGCACCGGGAGAAGGAGGAGACCAGACACAAGUCGUCGCGAAGCAAUAGUAGACGUCGCCAUGAAAGUGAGGAAGGAGACAGUCACAGGAGACACAAGCACAAAAAGUCAAAAAGAAGCAAAGAAGGCAAAGAAGCCGGGAGUGAGCCUGCCCCUGAGCAGGAGAGCACCGAGGCUGCACCUGCAGAAUAGGCAUGCUUCGGGCCUUUUGUGUAUAGUAGUGCCACAAGUAGAAUCUAUAAAUCUUGUUAUUUUUCUGGAUAAUGUUUAAAAAACUUACCUUUAAUCUUGUUCUGUUAGUAUAAAAAGUGACCCUCUCCCCUUUCCCCCCAAAUAAAAGUGAAUUUUUCAUGUUAAGUUAAAAUUUUCUGUCUCAUAAUAUUUUAAAAAAAAUUAAAAGACAAUAAUGAUGUUAUAUCCAACCAAGUAAUAUAGUUAACUCACUCAACAGGGAGUUUAAUGAGCUAACUUAUGUUUAGCUCUUUAAACUAUGGACAGAUUGUUUAUCACCUCUGUACAGAGCCUACCUUGGACAUAAUUUUCUGGAAUUAUUUAAAAACCA